UCAAAUUCUCAAUUUCUCACACACUCACUGUCUCCGCCGCCGCGUCAGGCCAUUCCCAGCCCUACUACCAUUUCUCUACACAUAUACACACGCACACCACCGCCCUAUUCGACGCCGGCGUGGUCCUCCUCUUCCCGGUGCGACUUCAUCCGUUCUUCUUAUCCUCCUACUUCAGCCUUUGAGCUUGAACCCCAGCUCCAAACCUUGUGAAAUUAAGAGUAUGCCUUGAAGACCGUUGAGGUCGCUAGAAUACCUCGAAUGGUGUCCGCACAUGUACUGAGUUUUUGGCGGUUGGGAUUUUAAUAGAGGUUCCUUUUUGGGCUUGCCCCCUCCAUUAUCGUUAAAGUAUCUUCUUCCAUAUCUGGGAGAUAGUAAAUCGCGUGAGGAAUUAGGUAUGGUGUUUCCAUUGAUGCGAAAGAACCUGUCUCUAUUUCUGAAGCGAAAAAAUCCCAUACAAAACAAGUUUUUCACCACAAACCUACUCUUAAAUCCUAAUUGCACUAAACUCCAAGAGGUAGACCAGGUGGAAACCCAAAUCACAUCUCUAUGUCAAAAACCCCACUCAUUGGUAAAUUUGCAGAAUGCAUGUUCUCUAUUUGAGCAAUCUGUGGAAAUGGGUGUCGUUCCAUCGGGCUCCUCCAGCGAUCUUCUUUUGCAAACCCUUGUCAAGAACAAGAAGCACAAUCUGGCUCUUAGUAUUUAUAAAAAGAUGGUGUGUUCUGGGGCUUUACCAAGAUAUUUGUCAUUAUCGGCUUUGGUUGAGUGCUUGGUACAUCUCUCCGCGCCCCAGUUGGCUCUGGGGGCAAUUGGGUUGAUGUUGAAGCAAGGCUACACCAUUAAUCUAUAUAUCGCCAAUGUCGUGUUGAAUGGCCUUUGUUGUAAUGGAUUUGUGGUUGAUGCUGAGGAGUUUUUAGGUGAGAUGGAAAGGAAUCACUUGUCUCCAGAUAUAGUUAGCUUUAACACCUUGAUAAAAGGGUUGCACCGGGAGAAGAGAUUAGAUGAAGCUAUGAGUGUAAAGAGAAGAAUGGAGUCUGCAAAUAUUGCUCCCAAUUUGAUCACAUAUAACAUUCUGAUGGAUGCUCAUUUUGUGGCGGAUCGUGUGGAUGGAGCAAUGAUGUUGUUGGAAGAAAUGAGGAUGAAAGGGUUGGAACCUGAUGUUUUCUUCUAUGACACACUUAUAAAUGGUUUUUGCCAUAAAGGUGAUGUUGGUAGAGCGAGUGAGAUUUUGAAUCUUAUGUUAGAUAAAGGACUUUCUCCGGAUAGAGUUUCUUACACUUGCUUGAUGCGUGGUUUCUGCCAGAAGGGGAAUCUAAAGGAAGUGAAGCGCUUGUUCAAUGAAAUGUUAAAAAAUGGCAUCCGCCCUGAUGCUGUUACGUUUGGAAGUAUAAUUGGCGGGCUUUGCCAAGUUGGGAAUGUGGAGAAAGCCGUGGAGAUGUUUAACUUUAUGUUGGACAAGGGAGAAGAGCCAAGUAAUACAAUAUUUAACAUUCUAAUUGAUGGAUUAUGCAAGGCAGGACAUUUCAGUGAUGCUUUUAAGAUUCUGGAAGUGAUGGUAGAGAAGCAAAAGAAUCCUGAUAUUGUAACUUACAAUACAGUAUUAAGAGGCCUAUGUGAAGUUGGGAAGAUUGAUGCCGCCAUGAAACUUUAUAAAUCUAUGGCAUCAAACACAAAUCAUGUUGAGUCUGAUUCUUGGACUAUCUGUACCCUAGUUAAAGGGCUGUGCACGGAAGGCCAUCUUGGAGAGGCAGAACAAAUUAUUCGUGACAUGGUUAAACAGAAUAAGCUAACUGAUGUUGCACCCUACACUGUGCUAAUUGGAGCUUAUCUGAAGGAAGGAAAGGUUCAGAAAGCAUUAAUCACCUGGAAGAGAAUUUUACAGUCGGGGUCCAUUCCCGAUUCAAGGUCUUAUAGUGCUCUUAUAAAUGGUUUAUGCAAAUGUAGCCGGAUGAACAUUGCAAAAGGUAUUUUUAACAAAAUGAGAACCUCGGGUCCCAGUCCUACCUCGUUUGACUACAACUUGUUGAUGGCCGCCUUAUGUAGGGAGGGUAGUUUGGACCAAGCUGGAGCUUUGUUUAGAGAUAUGGUUGGUGGUAGUUGUGAACCAGAUGUUGUCUCAUUCAACAUAAUGAUCGAGUCCUCCAUAAAAGCAGGGAAUAUUGAGUUUGCCAAUGAGCUAGUGGGUGAUAUGCAGCGUAAGGGUCUGCGUCCUGAUGCAUUGACGUUUUCUGUUUUGAUUAACAGCUUUUCGAAACUAAGGAUGAUGGCAGAAGCCAAAACAUUGUUUGAAAAGAUGAAAGCAGCUGGCUUCCUGCCACAUUCCGUUGUUUAUGAUUCUUUGCUCAAAGGCUUGAAGGCAGUGGGCAAUGCAGAAGAAAUAAUCAAUUUGAUCCAGGAAAUGGCCGAAGCAGGUGUUGCUCUUGAUGAUGAACUGACUUCUACUAUAUUGACGUGCAUAUGCGAUUUACCUGAAGGCCAUAAUAUAUCACAGCUUCUACCAAGUUUUACUAGAAAGAAUAUAGAUGGUGGUAGCAUCCCGUCCGACGAGUUGUUAAGGAGUCUCCAAAAUGUCUUUCCCAUGCUUCAAACUUCAAUACCCUCUUGAAUGUGAUGCUUCCGGACUCAGAUCAUCGAGGGAUACUUAACAAGGACUGGGCAAGAACCCGGCAGUUGUCAAGAACGAGACGUUGCUAGUGAGCCCUUUUCUUCCUCCUCCACCGUCAUCCAAGAAUCCGUUAAGUUAAAAAUCUUCCAGGGUCGAUUAUCUCCGCAGCGACACGUAUGAGGCAGAAUGAUCUCCUAAAGCAUCGGGAUUUGCAAGUACUCCGGUGCCAGCUCAUUCAAGCAACCAGAAGUCGACUCCUCCCCCAAAUCCAACAGUGUCUUCCUCUCCCCCUGAUGAUUUCAUUUAACGAACCUGCCCCUGCAAGCAAAUCAGCUGAAAAUUUGUCUGCUGUUCCUUGGGAUGUUCCACCAGGCAACCUUCUGCCUUCACCUUCCAGGUACAGCCAGGGACAACAGUUUUUUGAGCAAGGCCGGACUCCUGGUGGCGGAUCAUGCUGUUCGUAUGCUAGUCUAGCUGGGCAAACCCUGCAUCUCUCGAUCAAACACCAGCUCCUCUUCAUAGACCCCGUUGAUUUUGCCAAGGCCAAGUUGUCGUCGCCCAAACUGAACUGGUUUUGUUAGUAUAACACAACAUUACAUUUCUCUGUGGUUUGCAGCUUGCUAGUUUAAUUGUAUAGCUCUUGAUAUACAUUAUUUUAUAGUUUCAUUUUUUCGAA